AUGAUAACCAAAUUCUACCAGCAUGUUCUGACCUUGGUGUUUGCCAUAAAAGAGAUCGAUGAAAAUCCCAAGAUACUGCCCAAUGUCACCCUUGGAUUCCACAUCUAUGACAGCUACUCUUAUGAGAAGAUGACCUAUCAUGCCACUUUGGACCUGCUCUUCAAAUCGCACAGAUUAGUUCCUAACUACAAGUGUUCAGUCUCUAAAAACCUGAUUGCUGUGGUUGGAGGACUUGGCUCUGAUAUCUCCAUCUGUAUUUCAGACAUCUCAAGUCUCUACAAAAUACCACAGCUCCACAGAUUUCUUCAAGGAAUUGUAUUUAACAACUCAGCUGGAGAAGCAAUCUCUUUGGAUGAGACUAGGAUAAUGGGAGCCGGAUUUGACAUCAUGAACAUAGUCGUAUUCCCAAACAACUCCUUCACUAGAAUCAAAGUUGGAACGGUGGACCCCAAAGGACUUGAAAGGACAGAAAUCACUCUUCAUGAUGAUUUGCUUGUAUGGCACAGGGGCUUUAACCAGGAACUGCCUGUUUCUAGAUGUAGUCGCUCCUGUCAUCCAGGUUAUCAGAAGAAAAAGAGAGAAGGGGAGCAAUUUUGCUGCUAUGACUGUACUCCUUGCCCAGAAGGGAAGAUUUCAGUCCAGGAAGAUAAGGAUGACUGUUCUAAAUGUCCGGAAGAUCAAUAUCCAAACAAGGACCAAGCUCGAUGUAUUCCCAAGAUGAUAAACUUUCUCUCCUAUCAAGAACCAAUGGGAAUGAGUUUGGUCUCAGUUGCUGCUUCUUUCUCCCUUAUCACAGUUUUAAUGCUAAGAACUUUUAUUAAGCACAAAAAUACUCCCACUGUCAAAGCCAACAACUAUGAUAUCACUUGUGCUCUCCUCCUCUCUCUCCUGCUUUGCUUCCUCUGUUCUUUUCUCUUCCUUGGAAGACCAAACAAGUGGACCUGCUUCUUCCGACAACCAGCUUUUGGCAUCAUCUUCUCUGUGUCUGUUUCUUGUGUCUUGGCCAAAACCAUCACUGUGGUUGUAGCAUUCAUGGCCACCAAACCAGGCUCCAGAAUGAGGAAGUGGGUGGGGAAGAGACUGGCCACCUCCAUUGUCCUUUCCUGCCCCCUGAUCCAAAUCUGCAUUUGUACGGUGUGGCUAGAAACCACUCCCCCAUUCCCAGAUUUGGACACAAAGCCAAUGACUGAAGAGAUCAUAGCAGAAUGUAAUGAAGGAUCUGUGGUUAUGUUCUAUAUUGUCCUAGGCUACAUGGGAAUUCUGUCCUCUGUAAGCUUCAUUGCGGCUUUCUUUGCUUGGAAGUUGCCGGACCAAUUUAAUGAAGCCAAGUUUAUCACCUUCAGCAUGCUGUUGUUUUGCAGUGUUUGGUUGUGUUUUGUUCCAACAUACCUGAGCACCAAAGGGAAAUCUAUGGUAGUGGUAGAGGUUUUCUCUAUCUUAGCCUCCAGUGCUGGGUUACUGUGUAGUAUCUUUUUCCCUAAAUGCUACAUCAUUUUUAUGCGGCCUGAGCUGAACAAAAGAGAACAAGUAAUAACAAGAAAGCAUUAA